CAUAUGUACUGUACCUUAAGCUACUGCUACACGUACUGAAAUCGGGUCAAAGUCAACCUCAUCCGAUCGUGCUGAAAGUGCGAACAGGCCGAGGCUGAUAUAAAAAUAAUCUUUUAAUUUAAAAUAGAAAAUUCCCCUGUUCUCUGUCGCUCUUCACAUUGGGGAGAAACCGCUCGCGUACUACAACUUCGACAACUUCAUCCGUCUUACUGAUGACGCUAGCAAAAUUUUAUUCUACUACACUGCCUUGAAAAGCUUGCAAACUUGCAUGUAAAAGUUUCUGACCUGCAAGCAACAGGGAUCGGACGCACCGUUAAUUCUCUACGUAAAAAGCCUGGAAAAGUUGGAGAAACUGUCCGAGCCCUAGUGGCCAAAUGGAUGGAAAUAGUGGAGAGCAACAUGACUGAGGAUGAAGAGGCCCAAGACCAAUCUGGUGACGAAGGCCAUGCCAAGGAGAAUGGCCGUCCAGAUAGAUUACUCGAAAAAAGUGUACUCUCGCCAGAAAAUGGCACUAAAAAACACAAUGGACUAGACUGUAGUGAUAAAAAUAAAUCGACACGGAGCCACCAAUCCUCCUCCCACCGUAGCAGCGUAAAGGAAGAAUUUCACAAAGAAGAAAAAUCAAAACAUCGACACGGCUCAAGUGUGGAUGACCGGAAAAGAACAAGUUCCUCAGACCAUAGGCUAGACGCCUCAAAAUCGAAACACAAAAGCAGCAGGGAGGACAAAGACAGGGAUAGGUACUCAUCGAAUAGCAAGAGACCCAGAGAAGACAAGUCGCCAAAAAAAAUUAAGAGAGAGCCUGUUGACGACGAGUUAGACAACCUGAAUAUGAAAAAACUAAAAAUCUCCUCCCUCAGUGAACCUCCAAGAAUUAAGGAGGAACGUCUCAGUCCCAGUUUAAAUGCCGCAAGUAAAUACGAAAAGCGCUCUUCGGUGAAAGUGAAAAAAGAAAUUAAAAAGGAGAAGGAAAGUUCUAGUUUUUCCAGCUCUUUUGACAUGGACGUGGUUAUUCCUAAAAUGAAGCAGGAAGAUGCAAAGAAAGUGAAGGUUAAGAGUGAACGGCUAAGUCCUCCUCCGGGCUCCUCUAAGGACAAGGCUAAGCCAUCGACGUCGAAGCUACAUGCGCAUGUGAAUGUGAAGAAGGAGGUGAAAAAGGAGAAACAUUCGGACAAUUCGACAGACGAGGAUGGUGGUGCGAAUGCUGGCUUUAGUUUUGAAGAUGCCUUGGGAAAUCUCGAUUACACUCCUACCAAGAAGAGUAAAGAGAAGAAGAAAAAGAGUGUUCCCAAGACAUCAUCUGUGUACAAACCCCUUCCUAGAUCAGACGAAUUAGCUUCAUUGCUAGACCAGCCUGCCCUAACGUACAGACCGUUGCCGCAUGUCCCACUGAAGAGUUCGAAACCCAUUAUAUCGGAAGCUGACGAUUUUUCUGAUGUGCUAAAAAAUAAAAACCAAAGAACUAAAGUUUAUUCGGGGAUGAAAGCAUUUCAUGGCGAAGUACCCACUUUGCAAGAUUUGUGCAUCAAGAUACUGCAAGAUAAUGUUGAUGCUUUCGAGCAUGUAGGCAGUGUGCCAUUCUUUUUGCUCGAGCCAGUGUUUUCACGGGCAAAUGCAUCGCAGCUGGCUCGCAUAGAGCACUACAAUCCGCAAUUUGUAGAAGAUCUUGACGCUCUAUGGGAGUCUUUGGUCAGCAAUGAGUUUAAGACUGCUAUCAGGCAAGAAUAUGAAUGCUGGAGAGAUGUUUAUGAGAGAUCGCUUUCUGAAAGGGAAGAUAAAAUGUCUCAGCUCGCUGCAAAAAUAAAAGCUAAUAAUGAAGCCAGGAAAGCUCCACAACGAACCACCAAGUUAGCUUUUGAACACUCUUUGGUCAAGCCUCCUCGGAGUGUACGGAAACAGCAGGAAAAACAUGGGACUGCUAGAGGAUCUCUUCCAAGCAAAGUUUCUCAAUCUUAUGACUCGAAUGAGGCUGGCCCGUCAGGAAUGUCGUCCAAAGAGAGCACACUUGCUCGCACUGUCGGUCUCUUAAGAGACGGUCCUUCUACUGCGAUCAAAGGUAAAAAGAGGCCAGCACCAUUGAUGCAGAAGACACUAAAAUUCAUGAAGACCAAUUUUAGGCGGUGAAAAAUUUGAUUUUAUUUAUGAUUUAUGACUUUAUGAGUGUUAUCAUUGAAUUUUGAUUAGUGUCCUAAAUAAAAUAUUUCAAUUUAAGGCA